UAUCAGCCGUUAGCCGUUACUUUCUUUUGAAGUUUUGAGUUUGAGUUUGAGUUCGAAAAUUGAAGCUUUGGUCUUCACUGUCGUGAGAAAGUUCCUAAAGCAAUUUGUGACCUAUUAUUGUAAUUGAAAGUUCUGCGGCUCAGCAUGGAAAAUAUCUGCCAAACUCCCGUCAUUAAAAAGAUAAGGCAGGUUUCACAAGAUUCGCCUCUGAACAUUCCUCCAACCCCACAGCUGAAGCAUGUCGGUCACGGCACAGGGGUAAAUGUGUAUCAGUUUAACAGACCUCCAAAAGAGGGAUUUGAAAGAUCUCCGUGGGCACUGAAGAAAAUCAGGCACAAUUAUAAAGUUGAUGAGUUGAAAACCCGUUUGAAGAAAGAGGCUAAAGUUUUGCAAACCCUGGAUCAUCCAAAUAUUGUCGGGUAUCGAGGAUUCAUCAACAAAGAUUGCCUUGCUCUUGAACAGUGUUCUACUUGCCUUGGAACUAUGAAAGAGGAGAGACUAGAAAAUAACUUGGGACCUUUCUCAGCAGAUAUUAUACUAAAAGUGGCGCUUGAGACUUCAAAGGGUCUUGAUUAUCUUCACCGUGUGAAACAUAUACUUCACGGAGAUUUAAAAUCCUACAAUAUCCUCAUAAAAGAUAAUUUCUCAUCGAUAAAACUGUGCGAUUUUGGGGUGUGCCUGCCGUUGACUGAUGAUGAUGUUCUAGACAAAGAAAAUGCUGGUAAAGAUGCUUGGUACAUCGGAACCCCAUCCUGGUCAGCCCCUGAAAUAUUGGAGGAUGAAGAUGGUAGCAGCGUUACAUCUAAGGCUGACAUUUUUUCAUUUGGUCUCACACUGUGGGAACUGAUGACGCUAGGAACACCACACUUUCCUGACACAGAUAGCUCUGUAUCUUAUGUGUUCAGUGAUGAGGUAUCACUCACCUCAACUAGCUCCGCAUCAAGUGGAAACUUCUCGGCUUACGAAAAGAACUAUGGUACUCGACCAAAGCUACCAGAAAAUUUGGGAGAAGAAUACAGCCUUGCCAUUAAGUUGUUUAAUAUGUGCACAGAGGAAGUGCCAGAUGAACGCCCAAGCGCAGCUCAAAUAAUCGAAAUGCUCCAGGCAUAAGCAAAGAAAUGUAUCUAAAAGUUAUGUACGCAAGUUUUUGAUCUCUUCUUUUUACUGUACUUUUUUUAAUCUAAUUUUUACGUAUCGUUUUUUUUGCACAACUGAUUUUCAUACCUCCUUUGAAAGAUCACAGUUUUAGUAAUUUGGUUGUCGGAGGAGACACAGACGAGAAUAUUGAAAAUUAUUUAUGAAAUACCUAAUCUAAAAAUUAAAUGCAUGAAAAUUUAACAACACUGUAAGGAUGAAAAAAUUCUCAGGAAGCCGACCAGAAAAAAAUUCUGUUCAGUUUUGAUUUGCAAUGAAAUUCGCCUCAGUCUGGAAUAAUUCUAGCCUUUUAAAAUCAGGAAUUUAAUAUUUAGCGAGUAAAAAUUCAUCCUAACAAAACAUUUUUAAAAUUUUACUUAUUGAUUGACAAGCAGAAUGCUUAUAAUGAUUCUGCUCCAUUUUAGAUAUUGCUGCAUGAUUUCUCGGUUACUCAGGUGACAUACCAUGAUAUUCGGUCAAAAAUUUAAAAUGAGUUUUCAAAUUGAAAUGCAAUUUCUUUGACCGUAGCUUUUCUCCUGAUAAAUUUUAACAACGAAAGUCUAAAAAAGUGUAAUUAAAAUAAUCGAAAUGCUGCAGGCAUAUGUAUAGAAAUGUACUUAAAAGUUAUGUUAGCAAGUUUUUGAUCUCUUCUUUUUACUGUACUCUUUUUCAGUCUAAUUUGUAUGUAUCUUGUUUUGUAAAGACUGUUUUUCAUACCUCAUUUGAAAUAUCACAGUUUUAGCAAUCUGUUUGGCAGUAUAAUUUAGUAUACUGACAGGAUCAGUAAUUCAGUAAUCAGUAUAAUUUAGGCAGCUAAUAUCGCGGUUUUAGCAUCUGUUUUAGUAAUCUGUAUUAGCAAUCUGUUGAAGUGCAAAA